AUGAAUCAGUCUGCGUCAUCAGAUCGAAAAUCUCUUCUAUUAUUUAAUCUAAUUCAACAAUAUGAAAUGUGUCGUCAACAGUCACAAUGUUAUGGACUUAUUCCACCACCACAACCACCCAUGCUGCCAGAACUUAUUCUCGAUAAUUCAUCGUUUACAUUAGCAAAUCAUCGGCAAUAUACGAAGUCAUUUUUUAUUACUUUGACUAUGUGUAUUGUUUUAAUUUCUAUUUGUCUACUCAGUGUUAUUUUUCAAUUCUAUUAUAAAUUACGACAACAUCAUCAUCAAACAAAGCAUACCAAUCUCGCCGAUGAUGUGGCAACAUUUUCACGAAUCGCCCCAUCAUCAUACGAUUCUUUGACACCAUUAACUACUGCAACAGAUCAGUCACCAUUAUCAACAAUUGCUAGCAUGUUCAAUCUAAAUCAUCAACAAGUUCUACCGUCCGACGAUCAAUCAUUUUAUCAUAAUCAUUCACCAAACAUCUAUGAAAAGAUUCGAUUACCAUCAGAUCAUUAUUAUUGUUCAUGUUAUUUAUGUGUUCAGGCAUAUCAUCAUCAUCAACAACAACAACAACAACAGUAUAUUACUAGUAUACAUCAAUUGACACCAUAUUAUUAUACGUGUGAAUCAUCAUCACCAUCAUCACACAUUGUUUGCCAAAACUGUUUAUUAGACAAUUUACAUCGUAAAAACAAUUGUUUUUGUCAUAACUUUUUUAUACCGAUUAAAUAG